CAGACCAUUAGUUGAAAUCGCCUAAAUACACAGACAACAAUAACAAGCGAAGAGGGAAGUGUCAACACUCAACAGUGUUCCCCCCGCGCCUGGUUUAUUAUUCUACUCUCUCUUCUGGGGAUACCCGAGAUAAAAUAUUUCAUAGCAGUCAAAAGACUCAAAACUCAAAACUCAAUACUCGAAUAAAUACUUGCGGAGAAGGGUUGGGCUGGGCUAAAUAGCUUCAGUCGUACUGCCCACCACAGUAAUACACACCAGGAGGAGCGUGUUUGUUUGACUGCUACGGCUAUACUUGCUACGAAUAUGCUGCUGUCUAUUCCCAGCAGAGCCGUGAGAGGGGUCUCUCGGCCAUCCGUCAGCUAUGCGGCGGUGCUCAACCGCUACUGUUCCACUGAAUCGGCAUAUAGCAAUAAGCCUCUCAUCCAACCCAUCAAGAAGCUUCUCGUGGCCAACCGUGGUGAGAUUGCCAUCCGUGUGUACCGUGCUGCUAAGGAGAUGGGCAUCAGAUCAGUAGGAAUCUAUUCGAACGAAGAUGCAGGUCAGAUGCACCGGCAGAAAGCCGAUGAGAGCUACCUCGUGGGUGCUGGCAUGAAGCCGGUAGACGCGUACUUGUCUGUGGAGGAGAUCCUGCGAGUCGCCAAGAAGAACGGGGUGGACGCUAUUCAUCCUGGAUACGGGUUUCUCUCCGAGCGUGCCGAUGUGGCACAGGCGGUACAAGAUGCGGGUAUCACUUGGAUUGGCCCGGCCCCUUCUGUAGUUGAUCGUAUGGGAAACAAAACACUCGCGCGUCAACUGGCCAAGGAUGCCAAGGUGCCUGUGGUGCCUGGUACUGACGGAGCCAUUAAUACAGCCGAAGAGGCUACUUCUUUCUGUUCUGAGCACGGAUUCCCCAUCAUCCUCAAGGCUGCGUACGGCGGGGGUGGCCGAGGAAUGCGUAUUGUGCGUAACAUGGCUGAGUUAGACGAGAACUUCGCUCGGGCUACCAGUGAAGCCUUGAGCGCCUUCGGAAACGGGGCCAUGUUUAUCGAGCGUUAUCUGGAGAAUCCCCGACAUAUCGAGGUGCAGAUCUUGGCUGAUCACCAUGGCAACGUGAUGCACCUGUUUGAGCGCGAUUGCUCCGUACAGCGCCGCCACCAGAAGGUCGUGGAGAUUGCGCCCGCGCCUAAUUUGGAUGAGAAGAUUCGUGCAGCUCUGACCGCUGAUGCCGUACGCCUGUGCCAACAUGCUGGUUACGGUAACGCUGGUACAGUUGAGUUUCUGGUAGACGAGGAUGGUAGUCACUACUUUAUUGAAGUCAAUGCCCGUUUGCAGGUCGAGCACACUGUCACGGAGGAGGUAACUGGCGUAGAUCUGGUACAAUCCCAGCUGCGCGUGGCUCAAGGUGAGACUCUCGAGCAACUGGGCCUUAGUCAAGAAAAAAUGCGACUGUUGGGUGCUGCUAUCCAAUGCCGUGUGACCACCGAGGACCCGCAGAACGGUUUCCAACCUGAUACAGGGCGUCUGGAAGUAUUCCGCACUGGGGAAGGCAUGGGUAUCCGUCUCGAUGCCGGUUCAGGUUUCGCCGGUGCCAAAAUCAGCCCGUACUAUGAUUCGCUACUGGUCAAGGUCACUGGACGCGCACUGACACACCAGAUGGCGUGUGCCAAGCUGGAGCGUGCACUCGAUGAAUUCCGCGUGCGAGGGGUUAAGACUAACAUCCCGUUCCUGCUCAAUGUGCUCAAAGACAACGACUUUGUGAACGGCGCCGUGACUACCCGUUUCAUCGAGAACAAGCCUGAGUUGCUCAAGGUCAAGGCCGACGAUCGCGCGCUUAAGCUGCUGCACUACUUGGCCGAGGUUAACUGUAACGGACCUAUGACUCCCCUGGGCAACAAGGAGGCCAAGAUGACCAAAGUACCGCCAGUCAUUCCCAGCACCACCGGCAGACCCCCUAAGGGACUAAAGCAAAUCCUCGACAAAGAGGGUCCCGAGGGCUUCGCCAAGGCCGUUCGUGCGGAUAAGAAGCUGUUGCUAAUGGACACCACCAUGCGUGAUGCUCACCAGAGUCUUCUAGCCACACGUGUACGUACGCGUGAUAUCCUUAAGAUUGCGCCAUACACAGCCGAAUCCAUGAGCAACCUAUACUCACUCGAGAACUGGGGUGGUGCUACCUUUGAUGUGGCCCUACGUUUCCUCAGAGAGUGUCCUUGGGAUCGACUCGACAGGAUGCGUGAGUGUGUACCGAACAUUCCGUUCCAGAUGUUGCUGCGCGGGGCUAACGCUGUUGGAUACACAUCGUACCCUGACAAUGUGGUUGAGAAGUUCUGUCGCAUGUCUGUUGAGCAUGGCAUGGACAUCUUCCGAGUCUUCGAUUCCGUGAACUACCUACCUAACUUGCAGCUUGGUGUGGAUGCCGCUGGUGCUGCAGGAGGUGUGGUCGAAGGUGUUAUGUCGUACACCGGAGAUGUCUCAGACCCACACCGCUACAAGUACAACCUGGACUACUACAUGCAACUGGCCACUGAUAUUAAGAAGACUGGUGCUCACGUACUAUGUGUCAAGGAUAUGGCUGGCCUGUUGAAGCCCGCCGCUGCCACUCUUUUGAUCGGUUCUCUGCGCAAGGAGUUCCCUGACUGGCCAAUUCACGUACACACUCACGACACCUCUGGUGCCGGCGUGGCGGCUAUGCUGGCGGCGGCCCAUGCUGGUGCUGAUGUAGUCGACUGUGCGGUCGACUCUAUGUCAGGCAUGACCUCACAGCCCUCAAUGGGAGCCCUGGUGGCCUGUCUUCAGGGCACAGAACUAGACACCGAACUCGAUCUGGAAAGAAUCUCUAACAUCGCGCUGUAUUGGGAACAGGUGCGUGGCCAAUACGCGCCCUUCGAGGCCACACAGACCAUGAAGACCGGUAGUGCCGACGUAUAUCUGCACGAGAUUCCCGGAGGACAGUACACCAACCUUCACUUCCAGGCCCAUUCCCUGGGCUUGGCUCAUCGCUGGAAGGAAAUCACACAUGCUUAUCGCGAGGCCAAUCUGCUCUUCGGAGACAUCCCCAAGGUCACCCCUUCGUCCAAGGUGGUUGGUGAUUUGGCUCAGUUCAUGGUACAGAACAACCUGAACGCAGAAGAUGUGAUCAUACAAGGGCGCGAGCUUUCCUUCCCCAAAUCGGUGGUCGAGUUCUUCCAGGGUCAACUGGGCGUUCCACCUGGAGGCUUCCCACAAGAUCUGCAGAACAAGGUGCUGAAGGGCCUACCCUCGAUCACCGGUCGUCCGGGCGAGUCAAUGGCACCCUACGACUUCGAGAAGGCACAGGAAGACCUUCAGGCAGCACAUCCCACCUUCGAAAUCAAGGAUACGGAUGUUAUGAGUCACGCACUAUAUCCUCAGGUAUUCAAUGAGUACGCUAGCUUCCGAAGCACUUACGGCAACCUGACACCACUCCCCACACACAACUAUCUCGGCGGCAUGGAUUUGGGCGAGACUGUGCACGUUGAGUUACGCAAGGGUUUCACCGUGCACAUCUCCUAUCUGGCUCAAGGAAUGGUUGACACGUCUGGUUUCAAGGAGUUAUUUUUCGAAGUCAACGGACAGCCCCGAUCCCUAUAUGUUCAGGACAGACUUGAGGCAGCGUCUAUGGGUCUCAAGCUCAGAGAGAAGGCCAACAAGGCUAACCAGGGAGAGGUUGGUGCACCAAUGCCAGGAAACAUCAUCGGUGUCAAGGCCGCGGUAGGACAAAAGGUGAAGAAGGACGAUGCUCUUGUCAUUAUGUCUGCCAUGAAAAUGGAGACAGUUGUGGGUGCACCCUGCAGCGGAACUGUUCAGAAGCUCUCCUGUGAGGUUGGAGACGACCUUGCUGGAGGCGAUCUGCUUGUGGUCAUCACCCCUGACGAGUAGAUGGAAAGUGUUGUUAUUGUUUAUUAUUUAUCAUCAUAGGGUCUAUACAGAGCUAACUUUGGCAUAAGUGUAUACCUAGAAAGUCACAUACCCGGGAUCGACAUAUCGAGUGGUGGUUGGCGAAAGACAUGUUUGUGUACUGUGCCGUUUGUGGUACUGUUCAGACUUUCGCUGAUGGUGAUCUGCUGAUAUACUUCGUUACCCCUUCACGAGGAGUUGGGUAGUGGCAUUAUUAUAGUUGGGUUCAUACAUAGCUAUCAACAGUGUGUGUAUACCUGGAGAGACACACGCUCGGAAUUGAAACAUUAAAUGAAAAGAUUGAAUACAACCAAAGUCUUGUGUGCGCACUUGUCUAAAAUUCGAGAUUGUAUCUACCAUAAUGGUGGUGAUCUGCUGACUGUUUGGCAAGUAGUUGAUUAGCAAUACUAAUAUUAAAGUUCUUACGGAGCCAAGCAUUGCACAUCAAUACAUACAGAUGUAUUUGGGACGACGAA